AUGGCGGAGCGUGGGCAGCGGCUCCAGCCUAAAACUCUGGCUCCGAAAGUAAUGAGGGAGCGCCGGAACUGCGGGUGGUACCUCGAGAACCUGCCUUCCAAGCGUCUCCCGAAGAGUAGCAGGCUGACAUUGAAUAGCCGGCAUUGGGUGUUUGUGAAAGAGGGGCUGGAUGACUUCAGGAAAGACCGCCCCCCACACCAGGGCCCCAAGGAUGCCUUUCUACCUCUUAUUCAUCACGGAGCCCCCAAUGCUACCCCCAAGAGGAGGCAGAGCAGACUGCCCACGGGGACAACGCUGUUGUCUAAGCUUUCGAAAGCUGGGAAGACAUUCUUGGAGGAAGUGGAAGCUAAGGACGACGUACUGCACCCCCUGGCUCUCUACCCACAAAUUAAAGAAGCUCUGCCUGCUGAGCUCUUAUUGAAGGUGCUCGAGGUACUCGACCCAGAGAGGAAGCUUGAGGAUGCAUGGGCUUGUUGCCGGGAUACCAGGGAGUUAAUGAAGGAACCCACAAAGCUUGUAGAAGAACGCUCUUCCCAAGUAUGCCCGCCCAAGAAGAUGCUGAUGUCACGUUCAGGCCAGUGGCUUUGUGAAGAAAAGCCAAGCAAAGUGGAUUCACUCUAUAAAGACAGUCUCCUCCACGAUGACAUACACAGAGGAGUCAGCAACUUCUGCCACUGGGCUGCGGAUCUUGGAAGCUCGACCAUCGAGGAAGAGUUCGUCCUGCAACAGUUUGACAUUGACUAUCAGACCAGACGCAGCUGUGAUGAGCUUCACAGGCUGAGGCUAACCCAGGACAAACCCUGCAUCAGUGGACCACCUUCCCAGCAAGAACGCUGUGGGCACGGGAUCAAACCUCCGUCCUCUGGAAGAGCAAAUCCUCAGCAGCCGAAGCGGGUGAGGAUGAGGUACGGAGCCUGGUAUCUGAACACCAACUUGUGGAAGAGGCAAAGAGCCGACGAACCUCUGGUCGACCCCAGGGUCUCACCCAAAGCUCAGGAUUCGAAUUUUGGAAAGCAGGUGUGUACACAGGCUGAACUGCUUGCAGACCUGCGUGGAACAGCCGCCUUUAAGGACUUCGUUCUAAGCAGGGGCUACAGGAUGCCCAGGUUCCUUGAGAAGAUAUAUGCCGAGGAGGAGAAAAGCAAAUCUGAAAAUAUUAAGACUCCUAAAAAACUCACGGAAACAGAGAGGAAUUCUGGGAGAAGAUGAGUCAGCUUUUAUUGACAGCAUAUUUAGA